AUGGUCAACAUGGUACCGGUGGCUAGAAAAUCCACUCCACAGCCACUAAAGGUGCUAAAUCCAUUGGUUAUCCGCAAAGUCAAGAACGAACCUGCAUUACCUUCUCCGGAAUGGUCCAUCGCCGGAACGCAAUCUGUUUCAGACAAAGAGGAGAAUGGGAAGGUUGGUCAAAAGGGAAAGGGAGUUGAAUACGAAUUCUACGAGGAAUGCGAAAGUUAUGAAAAAGGCGAAAAAUACGAGGACGAUGAAGAAGACACCGCAGAAAAACAAGACGACACAGAAGAAGAAGAAGAAGAAAAUGAAAAAGAAAAAGAAAAGGAGAAGGAGAAGGAGGAAGAGAUGAAGAAAAUGGACCUACCUACCUUUUUAAGGUCCUUGGAAGAAAGAACUUUUGUGGAUGCUCCUACCGCCACUGGAUUAACAACAUUGCGCUACGAGUAUGAACCACUUUCGGACAGCAAAGAAGCGUUCCGCCUCUUGAGACUUCUCCCUGGCCCACGGACAGACCCAAUCCAAUGCGAUCUAUGCAUCGAGCAAAUCGAAGGUUCUCCCUCAUACGAGGCCAUAUCGUACACUUGGGGCGAUCCAAAUGAUACGGCUGAAGUCCUAUGCAAUGGACGGCUUCUAAAGGUCACCAAGAGUUUACUCGGUGCCCUGCAAAGAUUCCGGCACCAGGAAGCCCCGCGAACGGUUUGGGCUGAUGCCGUUUGUAUCGACCAAGGAAAUCUGCUUGAACGCCCGGAAGUCAUGGAGCCCGGCGACAAGGUUUGUGUCUUUUUCGGCUAUAGAGCUCCUGUUAUCCUGAAGCCACACCCCACAGUCGAUGAGACAUACCGCUUUUGUGGUAACUGUUACAUUCCUGAACUCAAAGAUGGACAAGCGAUUGCUAUGUGGAAGAAUGGGGAUAUUGAGGAGCAGAAUUUCAAGUUACUCUGA